CAUCCAAGUCCACGACCCUAUUGAUUCAUUUCAUUUCACCUCCAUUUGCUAAAAUCUCCCCCUCUCACACACACACACAGAGAAUAAGCCGCUCUAUUUCUCUUCAACAAUGGCGACACUAGGUAGAUUAUCUCGAAGACUCAUAUCAACAUCUCUCUCCAGUCACCUCACGCGCCGUACUCACAAUAACCUCACGCGCCGCUGUCUCUCGACGGAAUCACACGCGCCGCCGAUUAACGAAUCGCCGGAUCGAGUGAAGUGGGACUACAGAGGGCAAAGACAAAUCAUUCCACUAGGUCAGUGGGCCCCGAAAGUGGCUGUGGAUGCUUACGUGGCACCGAAUGUUGUCCUUGCUGGCCAGGUGAGGGUGUAUGAUUGUGCUUCUGUGUGGAACGGUGCCGUUUUAAGAGGAGAUCUUAAUAAGAUUACAAUAGGGUUUUGUGCUAGUGUACAGGAGAAAUGUGUAAUUCAUGCUGCUUGGUCUUCUCCUACAGGGCUGCCAGCAGAAACAUUAGUAGACAGGUAUGUUACGGUUGGUGCAUACAGUCUGUUGCGAUCCUGCCAAAUUGAGCCAGAAUGCAUUAUUGGCCAACAUUCUAUCCUUAUGGAAGGUUCAUUGGUGGAGACCAACUCUAUCCUUGAGGCUGGGUCAGUGCUCCCACCUGGGAGGAGGAUUCCAAGUGGUGAACUCUGGGCUGGGAAUCCAGCAAGGUUUGUCAGGACCUUGACCGGUGAAGAGAUAAAAGAGAUACCUAAGCUUGCUACUGCAAUAAAUGAUCUGGCCAAUGGACACCACUCAGAAUUUCUGCCUUACUCCACCGUAUAUUUGGAAGUUGAGAAGCUUAAGAAGUCAUUUGGUAUUUCAAUUUAGAACUUUUGUUUGAUUGUACUUGUGCGACCUUUUCUUUGGAGAAAUAAGAAAAUUAUAAGACUCUUAGUGAAACUUAGGAUCUCUUGUUUUUUCAUGUGAUUCUACAAUCCGGCAGAGUGAAUGUUUGUUCUCUGUUCAAGGAUUUUCUUCUGACACUCGGAUGUCUUUGAUCAUCAUUUGGACAUCGAUACAUCAUGUUAUGCUUUCCAGAGGCUUGUAUAUGCUUCGAUUUUUCCUGUACCAAAUAAGAUGAAGAGCUAUAGUUAA